AUGACUUUUUACACGCUGCGCGCUGCAACUGCUUCUCGCUUGUAUCCAGUGGAACGUGUGACACUGAGAGCAGUCUUUGGAUUUGAGGAAAUAUGCGCCCUCUUCGACGCGUUGAUUGCAGCUUGCGUCUUGCGAUGGUGGGUAGAACGACCCCUAGAUGAAGGAAGCAUGCCCCAGGAGAAACACUGUCCGCUAUUCAGCGGCAGCCAGUGGAAACGCGAUCGAAGAAACACCACGAGUGGCAUGCAGGGGUCGCUGUAUCAGGCACUCCAUGAGGCUCUGUCCACGAUUACGACGGGGUCAAACAGAACGCGGGGCAGUCGAUUUGAAGAUUUCUCCGGACCCGAUAUGGGAUGGAGCCGAACGAUGGACCAUGUGAGGCCCAGGUUCCUGGGUCUCAUUAGGCUUCUUCACAUGAGCUCACACCACAUGUAUCGGACUCUGUUCGUGCUAUACAGCGGGUUCCGCGAAGCAUACAAAUGGCAUAAAGUGGUUGAGAUGCAACCCAUUUGUCCUUCAUUUACAAAUAGACAACGAAGUUCGUCAAAGUUCGAAUAUGCAUGGCAAAUGCGCCUCGGGGUGACCUCUGCUGAAUGUUAA